CUCUUCCCUGUUCCAGUUGGGACUGGAAAUCCCGUAGGUCCCCUAUCUCAGACACAGAUCUUCGGGGCUAAACGGCCUAACUGGAAUCUACUCAGGGUUUGCUCAGUCGCGCUGAUGGGUGAUGUACACUUGAGAGCGUCUCAGGCCGGAAGGGGCACCCACCAGGCACGAGUCUGGAAACACGGCGCCUGUAGAAGCCCUGCAGUACACUCCAAGAUGAGCCUGACGGCCGUCCACCCAGAAAGGCCAGCUCGGUGGAGCCCAGCUCUGAGGAGCCCUCGCUGUGCUGGGGGGGCCCUCGCCGUGCCGGGGAGCCCUCGCCGUGCCGGGGGGCCCUCGCCGUGCCGGGGGGCCCUCGCCGUGCCGGGGGGCCCUCGCUGUGCCGGGGAGCCCUCGCUGUGCCGGGGGGCCCUCGCUGUGCCGGGGAGCUGGCUUCUCAGAGUGGGGCCCGGGGGGGGGGGGCAGCGCGCCUUGGUUUGCAAGGAGGGAGGGCUUGUUGUUUGCUCCUUUGCCAUCAAAGCCUCGUCCAACCCUCCUCUUGUCUCUCUCCCUCAGACUGUGUUUGAGAGAAAUUGCCGCUCUGAGGAGUGCGCCGCCGACCUGCAGCUGCGGGGCAAGCUGCUGCUGUCCAGCGUGGAUGAAAAGACCCCGUACCUGGCUCUGGGGGCUGUGCGGAACAUCUCCCUAAACAUCUCCAUCGCCAACCUGGGGGACGACGCCUACGACGCCAACGUGUCCUUCAACGUCUCCCGCGAGCUCUUCUUCAUCAACAUGUGGCAGAAGGUAAGGCGGGCGCCCUGCGGCUGCCCCGUGCCCUGCGUGCUUCGCCCAUGGGCUGGGACAGGCGAUGUUUCCACAGGGACUGUGCCACUCCGUGGGGUAUCAUUUGGCAUUAAUGGGCUUUUUCUCCCAUCGUGGACGUCAGGAGUAGGCCGGCGUAGCCAGUAAAGGAACAGUGUUCUAGAGAAUUCCGCCUCUCGGUCAGUAAGUGCCGCGUCCUCAGUGGGUGAGGAGGGCAAGGCUGGGACAGUAGGACAUGGCGGAGGGUGCGGACAGAUGGCGAGUUCAGCUCACCCACGGCAGCAUCGGGGAGGGCCGCUGCGGCCAGAUUCCUUGUUCUUCAGUAAAAACAGCAAUCCUCAUUGUCACGUGAACCCUUGGGACUUUGGCAGCUAAUUAAGAUGUUUUCCGAACGUCGUUUGAGCCAAACAAAACAUGUCCACUGACCGCAGCCGCCUGCUGUGCUCCGUAUGUGGCAGCCCGGCUUGCCUGCCUCUCGCGUGGAUCUGCGCUGCUGGUGGAACUUAGUCUCUCUCGCCUCUCACGUCCUUCCCGCAGGUGGCGCUGGGGCAGGUGUGCGAAUGGGGAGUGAGGAAGGCCAAGUGCCCCGC